CUGCUUCUUACUUGGGAGGCCGUGGCGCGACUGGCGUCCUCAGAGCGCCUCCGCCUCAGGUCCGGCGACGAGGCCGGAAGUGGAGACCUGGCGCCCCGCGCCACACCGCCGCACCGGAAGUUGCGCCUUUGAGGCUGUGAGGCAGCCGGCCAGCCUGCGGCUUCGGAAGCGGUCAGGGGUCCGUGCUGCUUCCGGCCGCGGGGCGGGGGGAGGCGGAGUGGCCUCCGGGCGCCCGGCUCCGGCGUACCCAUGGCGGAGGGCGGCGGCCCCGACGGGCGGGCUGGGCCCGGACCCGCAGGAGUUAGCAAUAGCAAGAGAGGCACUCUAUCACAUCAACAACAAGACAUCAGAGAAGGAAUGGGGCCAGCCUCGGGACCCUGUAAUGCUGCUCUGCAAGAGUUGACCAAGUCCCCAGAAAAUAUGUACCUCAGUCCCUCUGGAGGCCUGAAACCACGCCCCCUGCAACUUCCCACAAGGCCACACCUUUUAAAGGUCACACUGUCUCCCACUGCUGCCACCCUGGGGACCAAGCCUCCCACAGGUCCUAAUCUGAAGGAGUGGCUGAGGGAGCAGUUUUGUGACCACCCGCUGGAGCACUGUGAGGACACAAGGCUCCAUGAUGCCGCCUACGUGGGGGACCUGCAGACGCUCAGGAACCUGUUGCAGGAGGAGAGCUACCAGAGCCGCAUCAAUGAGAAGUCUGUCUGGUGCUGUGGCUGGCUGCCCUGCACGCCGCUGCGCAUUGCGGCCACCGCAGGCCAUGGGAACUGCGUGGACUUCCUCAUCCGGAAGGGGGCCGAGGUGGACCUGGUGGAUGUGAAGGGGCAGACGGCCCUGUACAUGGCUGUGGUGAAUGGGCACCUGGAGAGCGCCCAGAUCCUCCUCGAGGCCGGCGCAGACCCCAAUGGCAGCCGGCACCACCGCAGCACCCCAGUGUAUCAUGCCUCACGCGUGGGCAGGGCCGACAUCCUGCAGGCGCUCAUCAGGUACGGGGCCGACGUGGAUGUCAACCACCACCUGACACCCAACAUCCGGCCCGCAUUCUCGCGGCGCCUCACCUCCCUGGUGGUCUGUCCCCUGUACAUCAGCGCAGCCUACCACAACCUGCAGUGCUUCCAGCUGCUCCUGCAGGCUGGGGCAAACCCCGACUUCAACUGCAAUGGUCCUGUCAACACACAGGAGUUCUACAGGGGCUCCCCUGGCUGUGUCAUGGAUGCUGUUCUGCGGCACGGCUGUGAGGCGGCCUUCGUGAGCCUGCUUGUGGAGUUUGGAGCCAACCUGAACCUGGUAAAGUGGGAAUUAUUGGGCGCAGAGUCGAGAGGCAGAAGGAAAGUGGACCCCGAGGCCUUGAAGGUCUUCAGAGAGGCCAGAAGUGCUCCCAGGACCUUGCUGAGCGCAUGCCGUGUGGCUGUGAGAAGAGCGCUUGGCAAACGCCGGCUUCAUCUGAUCCCCUCGCUGCCUCUGCCAGACCCCAUUAAAAAGUUUCUACUUCAUGAGUAAAGUCAGGUGCAGCAGCUGACUGGAGCGAGGAAGAAGGUGACCGCAGUGAACGCUGGCGCCACUUCUUGCAUCCUGUGAACCAUGUCCUGCUGCCGCCUUGCCCAUUGGCUGUUGAAGAAGAAAUGGCCUUAUUCUUGCAGACUGUAGCUCCGCCUCAGGCUGUGGGCCAGUGAACAGCUCUCGGGCAUUGUCAUCUGAGAGGCUCACACAAAACUUAAUGUAGUUUUUCCCGAAUGUCUCUGUUGUGGAGUUUGCAGUUGCAUAUUAGUGAGCUGGACCAGGAAGUGCGUGCAGGUGUGGGCCAGGUUGGCGGGCUGCUCUCUUCCCCAGUAGGGAAGACUCCUAGCACCUUCCAGAACUGUGCUUUUAUUUAUUUUUCUACUUUGGAGUUUAAUUGUUCUAUUAAACCUAAUAUCUAAAUGAA